CUUCUCUUCUACAUCCUCUACAUCCGCCUCCUCAGCCCAUUAUCCCGCAUCCCAGGUCCAAUCUGGGCCAGUAUCUCCCGAUUAUGGAUGGUGCGGCGCUCAGAUAAAGGCCACAUGCACCGAGAAUUUAUCGAUCUUCAUACCAAGUAUGGGAAAUUGGUCAGGGUUGGACCGAAUGAAGUGAGCGUGGCGGACUUGGAUGCCAUUCUGGCGAUUUAUGGUGCUGGGACGAAGUUUAGGAAGAGUGAUUGGUACAGUGUCUGGCAAGGUCAUCGCACAUUUGAUCUCUUCGCAGAACGAAAUGAACUCAUUCAUGGGGCUCAACGGCGGCUCGUCAACAACGUCUACUCUAUGAGUAGUUUGAAGGAUUUUGAAUCCGGGGUGGAUUCGGUCGUGGAGCAGUUUAUGCAGUGCAUGGCACGACAGGGGCCUGAAGUGACAGUUGAUAUUGGGAAGUGGAUGCAGUUGUUUGCUUUUGAUAUCAUCGGCGAAAUCACAUUCUCCAAGACAUUUGGCUUCCUCGAGAACGGGACAGAUAGUGGUGCUUUCCAACAGAUUGAGAACGCUCUUCGCUCAGCUUCCUGGGUCGGUCAAGUCCCGUGGCUGUAUUGGUUACAUGAUUACCUGACACCUAUUAUUGGUAGUCAUCUGGCGAUCACAGCGCGUCAUGGUACAAUUCGACAGAUCGCAGCUCGUGAGAUGACGAGUCGUAAGGAGGGAAAGCAGCUUGUCGGAGAGAAACGCGACCUGCUUGAUAAACUAUUCGAUGUGCAGAAUAAGAAAGAUAAGCAGAUGUCGGAUAACGACGUGCUUUCCAUGGCUGCGUCGAAUGUGUUUGCCGGAUCCGAUACCACUGCUAUCUCGCUACGGUCAAUCAUUUACUAUCUUUUGAAGAACCCCCAGUGUCUAUCUGAGCUCCGGGAGGAGAUCGAGGACCGGAAGAAUCAGGGCAGACUCUCAGACCCGGUUAAAUUGGAGGAAGCGAACGACAUGCCAUAUCUCCAGGCAUGUAUGUACGAAGCAUUGAGACUGCAUCCGGCUGUUGGGAUGAAUCUGCCGCGAGUUGUUCCCAAGGAGGGAAUCGUGAUAGAUGGAUGCUUUUUGCCAGGAGGAACAAUAGUAGGAGUCAACCCUUGGGUAGUCCACCGAGACCCAAGUAUAUACGGCGACGAUGUCGAAGCCUUCCGACCCGAAAGAUGGUUAGCCGAGAAAACCGGCGAUAUGAAGAGAUAUUUCUUCGCCUUCGGCGCUGGCGCUCGUCUUUGUAUUGGUAAAAAUAUUAGCUGGAUGGAAAUGAGCAAGAUGAUCCCGACUCUUCUGAACCGAUUCGACAUACAGCUGGCGGACCCGGACGCGGUUUGGAAGGAAACGUGCUGGUGGUUCGUCAAACAAGAAGGGCUGGUUAUCAAGCUUUGUCCCCGGUCGUGAACAAAUUUAUUCAGGUAUGAUGAGAGUUAUUGACGCGAAAUAAAUGUGUUGAUUGUAUCUAGUGCCCUGCUAUACUUCUUAGCGGGACAGAUUAUAU